GUCACUGAGACUUCCGAGCUCAAGAUUUUGGAGGCUUUCAUUGACAAGAAAAACUCCGAGAUCCUUUCUCGAUUCGAAGAUUUGCUGCAACACCAACGGAGCUGCCAUCAGUUGGUGGAGCAGCUGGUGAAGACGUUGAUAUCAAGCCCAGAUCUCGGUGGCAUCAAAGACUUGAAGUCCAGUGAAGUCUCCGAUGAUCAGAUCCCUCGACGAAAUUCUUACGAGCUGGCAAAGCGUGAAAGCAACCUGCGGCGCAAACCAUUUUAUGGAGAACCAAGCGGCAAGAUGCCUGAAGGCGGACAAGGCGGACAAGAAAAGAACGCUUCAAAUAGUCCAUGGAAAUCAUGGAAGCUCGAGACCGCUUUUGCAGGGAUCAUCUUGAGCAACGCUAUUCUCCUUGGCAUUCAAACCGAGUGGGCCUCCAGAAAUUUGUACACAGAAGAGCCCGUGGUCUUUCGCGUCCUACAGACUGUCUACGCCAUGCUUUUUGUAGGGGAAAUAGCUUGGAGGAUCAGCCUCUCAGGUUGCAAAGCAUACCUUUGUUCGGCUGAUUGGGGGUGGCAUACUUUGGAUCUCUUCGUGACGUUCUCUGCGGUGUUGGAUGUCGUUAUGACUUUGGGAGGCGGGGCCAGCCUGACAGGCCGCUCCAACAGCGGCUUCCGCUUGUUGCGCGUCAUGAAGAUUGCCCGCCUGGUCAGAGCGAUUCGGGUGGUCAAGGUCUUGCGCUUCAUCCGGGCCUUAAGAGUCUUAGUUUUCUCCAUCAUUCACACCAUGCGGUCGCUCGUGUGGUCGCUUGUGCUCUUGUUCGUGAUCAUGUACUCCUUCGGCAUUUUGUUUGCAGAUGCCAUCACGGACUACAUAUUGCAGAAUGGCGACAACAUACCUCAGCACAUAGCCGACGGUUUGGUGCGACACUUUGGGUCUUUGGUCACUUCAAUGAACACGCUCUUCCGAGCAAUUUCUGGUGGGGUGACGUGGGAGGCUCCUGCAGAGUUCCUCCACUAUGUUGGUGUGUCGUCGGUGCGACCACGCUUAGAUGUUCUGACGGUAAGGGCUAGCUGCCGUCUCAUUGCACGGACCUUGUGUGUGUGUGAUAUUUGCGCUUUGAUUUUGCCAGACAUGAACGCUUUUGUGGUACUGUUUGCUUUGCCUUUCAGUGCCUUUCAGUCUCAGAUCAGAAGAGGUUAUGAUUUUAUUCCAGAGAACUCGGCUUUCAGUGAUAUUUUGCCUGUCUUGAUCCAAGUUUCGCUGGGCUUCCCGCAACCUUCCAAUCAAUCUGCGCAGAACUCUUUGGCGGUGAGUCAGGUAUCCCUUGGGAAACUUUUUAGCAGUGGAGUCCGGGUGGCGCAUGGCAUCCGGCGGAAGGACCUCAGCUCUGCCACUUUCAGGAAGUUCCGAGGUCGGGACUGUGAUCUGAGUUUGAGCACCGAGUCGCGGGCAUUCAGCUCUUUCGGUGUCGAGGAUAUGGAGCAGUGUCAGGGCGAAAGAGAAGACGCGGAAGGAACCAAGGAGUGCAGGGACGGCGCGCGCGUGAUCAUCACACCCCCACCCGAGGAUCCGCGAAAGGAGGAGGAUGCCGGCUGUCCUCCAGAAACAGUUUCCACUUCCAUCACCUUGUUGGGAUUCCAGUUCAUGGGAGUGACCCAAAGAAAAGCCAAAGACCGAGAACUGACAAGACUCACUGAGGCCAAAGAAGUUCUUCGAAAAUGUAGGUUAGCAGCUUCUCCUGCGCCUCCAGCCACAGCAGAGUGGCACGGUCGCUGCGGGCUCGUCACGGGUGCCAGGCAGGACCUGGCCGCCAACCAUGACGUCAAUUACACCGGCCGCCCUGGAUUGAUUGUGGAAAAUGCCACAACUCAGUCUAACGGCCCCCCAGAGAUGACCCGCAACGGGAAAAAAUGGCAGCUGACAAUCGAUGUGCCUCGCAGCGGGCGGCAGAUUGCAGAUGCGCUGAGCGAAUAUGGCUCCGUGGAUGUGGAAGCUGGUUUCAGUCAAGUGGUCGGUCAAAAUUCACCCAAAAAGAUGUUUAAGAAAAAGAAAACGGUGAAACAGGAGCCCAAACCUGACCCGUCUAGACAAGAGCAGCUGCGGGACAACAAAGAUGAAGACUACACCAUUCUUGAGACAGGACUCACUUUGGUUUUGUCAGCUGAUGCAAUGAAUCAGCUUGGCAUCACACUGAGCAGGUGGCAGGUGGGAAAGACAGGAAUGGCAGAAACAAAGUUCAAGUUUGGUAGGGACUGGAUGGCGGAAGAACUGGUUGAUUUCCUCAAACAACAAGGACCAAGGAAGACAUGGGAUGAAAUUAAGGAUCAGCCUCCACAGACGGCCAACACGCGGGGGCGCCCCGCGAAGAGGCAGGCCAAAGAACCCGAUGAGCGACAUCGGUCCAGAUCUGCCGCUGAGAAGCCCGAAAAGGGCGAUGAAAAUAAGGACCCAAUGGAAGUCGAAAAAACGCAGUUGGACUCUCAGACUCAGCCUGAAGCGAUUGACAAGCAGAGUUCAAAGCCAACCUCGCAGUCUCUUGGUAAUUUGACGGAUGCCUUAACCCAACACUGGACGCUGGCCGAUCAAGGUGGAUGCGGUGACUGUGGGUACCGGGCAUUAAUAGACAACUUUCAUUAUCAAACCACUGGUGAGACUCUUUCCAAAGAAGAAUGCAUCAAAAAUGCCAAUCUAUUUCGUACGGAAGUGGUACGACAUGUUCGCAAACAUCAAGAUAGGUACGAAAACCAUGUCAGAGGUGGGAAAGAGGCCUUUCCUGCCUUUUGUGACAAUGCGUUGAAGCAAACUCACUGGAUAUGUGGACUGCUGCUGCAAGCGGCAGCAGAGGUGAAAUCAUGCUGCAUAGUGGUGUGGAAUCAAAAAGAUGAAGUUCUGGAAAGAUUCACUUUCGCUCCUGAGUGGAGUCCACAGGGGAUGGCCAGAAUGAAAAAAGAAGCACCAAUCCUGGUGGUGUACAGAAACGACAAACAUUAUCAAUCCGUCCGACCACCCCAGGAUCAGGACGGCAUGACUAAGGUGCCCAAACACUGGGCGCGAGAGACAGCCAAACCCGAGGCCGAAGCACUUGGAGGCGCUGGACCAAGCGUUGGAGAAUCGCCUAAAACCCUGCACACGCUCUCCCCUGGCUCUUCCCAUGCUCCUUCGCUCCAUACUCUCCCCGCCUCCUCCUUUCGCGGAUCCUCGGGUGGGGGUGUGAUGAUCACGCGCGCGCCGUCCCUGCACUCCUUGGUUCCUUCCGCGUCUUCUCCUCCGCGUCUGCGCGCGGUUGUGCACGGCCAUGCGGCGGGUGGUGGUUCUUCGGGUGCCCUUGCGCGACCCCAUCCUCCGCGCUCCCCCUCUCUUCUUACCUUGGCUGCCUCCCCUCACUCCUGCGACCGGUCGGGUACUAAGGACAAAGGCGCAGUCAAAAAUGACAACACAGAAUGCGACUUUCGCCCUGACACUGCUCCAUAUCCUCGACACCUCAAGCGGCUGGAUGCUAAAUCACAGUCCCGACCUCGGAACUUCCUGAAAGUGGCAGAGCCUGGAGUUGCCCAGAAUGCGGGAAAGGCGGCGCAAGCUGCAGGGCACUUAGUUACUGAGGUCCUUCCGCCGGAUGCCAUGACCCGGAAGUUGCUGAACGAAUCCAAAUCAAAUUGGCUCAGCUCUGGCCGCAGUUUUCCACACAACUUCCAGAGCGAUGGUCAGUCAAUGUUGACCAGGGCUGCUGCCCCUGACAUGCUGCAGCGAGUGUCUCCGGCCUUACUGAGGAAAGGAAAGGCCACUGAGGCGACCGAAGUGCUGUCACAUAGGCUCAGAGAUGCUUGGCGAAUCAGAAAAUAUGAGGAAUUCUUGGAACUUGACCGACCAGCGCCACGACGACUAGAACCACCUCCAUUCUAUUCUGGCGAUCGCCUCUGGCCUACGCUGCGGCUGCGGGCAAGUGCGGGCAGCGUCAUUGUCUACAUCAUCACCAGACAGGUUAUGACUGGUGUGUUUUGUCACAGUGCAAUCACUGGAGCUGAAAAAGAUCAAGACCUAGUGGUGCAAGCGCUUCUGCACGAAAAGGCGGCUAUCAAGAAUAAGCUGAUGGAAUUGUUUGAACGGGUUGACGAUGGCACUGGGCGCAUUGGUCCGGCGGAAUUUGAAAUGCAGUUCGAAAACGAAGCAGUGAAAGCUGUGUUUGAAUCCUUGGGUUUAGGAACCAUGGAUGCAUGGACAUUGUUCCAAAUUCUAGAUUCGGACGGAAAUCGCUUCAUCGAUAUGGACGAGUUCGUUGAAAGCUGCAUUCGGAACCGCGGGUCUGCCAAAGCGGUCGAUGUGUGCGCUUUGAGGCAUCAAAUCAACAAAGUGCGGCGCCAACUUUCGGACAUGGCCGGGUUGCAGAAACAGAUGCUGCUCCAAUGUGCCGCUGCUCGGGCUGCGACUUUUUUUUGUUGAGAGUAUACGCGCUGUACUUCUGCAAGUUUCACCUUUUAGCUCGACGAACAUCUUCAGGAUUCUCGGGUC